AUGGUGAAAGAAGCUGAUUCAAGACUGCUGAAACUGGAUUCACAAAGGAAGUGCACAAGCAUUCUUAAGUUCCUUCGACUUACUAUGCAAGUGGCCCUACCUAAAGAACAGCUUUGCUGGCUUAUUUACAAUGGUACAACUUACAUUUAUACCAUCUGUAGACAUUUGAUGGUUUUAACACUUUAUACCAAGGCAUUUGAAUUUCUACUAUGGGCCAGCAUCUGCAUGGAAACAUCUAUUCCACUUUCAACAGUUCGUUAUCUAAGAUGGAGAACAACUCUUUAUACUGCUGUGUGUCAGUGUUAUUAUGACUGUGCGUCCGACCUGACUGCAGAGGUGUUUGCUCGUCGUGCUUUGGGCAAGAUCAGUGAAUUAAGCCAAUUGGAAACCAUGAAUCCGUCUCCUCAAACUCCUGAAGUUGGAAAAGCCUUUAGAGAGGCCACUGUCAAGGUAUCAGUAAUGAUAUUUAAAAGAGCAGUAUUUGAAGGUAGAAGAAAGCCAAAAGGAAUUUUGCGGCCUAUGCAAAGAACUAAUUACAAAGAGUCUCAAAAUGACCUUCCCCACCACGUGCCUGCUGGCAUUGGCUAUGUGGCCACCUUCGGAGCACCAACGGUUUCCAUGGAUGACAUCACAUCCGCCGCCGCCCGGUAUGCCACUUCCGGUACAGCCAACGCCAUCAACACUGCUGCUGAUGCCGCCGCCUCCGUUUCCGAGGCCGACAGCACAGACAUUGAGGACGCCGCUGCCACCAACAUCCAAGAUUUACUGGCCUAUGUCGCUCCGCCCACUGCCGACCGGCAGAUGCAAGCCCCUGACAAACAUGGCAUUGGUUACCUGCAAGACACACUUGUGGACAGUGGACACCAAAUGCUGCAAGGGUCAUCAGGAGACCCCUGGAAGAAGCCAGAAGCAAACAAGUUCAGGGCUGUGCUCAGCAGUUACCUAAGCUGCUCCAGUGCUGCACAGAGGCUGACAGCAGAUCAAUGUGAAGAUGGUGUGAGCGUGGAAGCUGCAGUGAGGUUUGCAAAGACUGCGUUUUGCUAUGAGUACUUGGAAGUAUUCGAUAUCAUCAUUGCACCACUUCUCAGUUUCUUAAGGAAAAAUGAAAAUCUGGGCUGGAAGAAUUAUGAGCUUGAUUUGGACCUACUGAUUGCUAUGGAACCAUUUAUUUCACCACGCAAACCCAAGCAUGGACUUCCUGUUGGGGGAACCUGUUCAAUAGGAGGAACACUUCAACCCACUGGGGCCACCAUCUUAUGUGAUGAUCUUGUGAUACUCGCCGAAGCAGUGUUUGCAUAUACUUGUACUCCUCCAGAGGGCCCCAUUCCAGAUGUUGAUAUGGCUGUGGAUGCAGUUCUUUUUCUGUGGCAGAAGUGCAAGACAGUUCUGCAGAGAGGCAACUUUGGGGUUACUGGUUCGACAAAAUACCUAAAGAAGCUGGAUAACCUUGGGAAGUGGAUGCAUAUCCUGUCCAUACUUCAAGAAGUGACUAUUUGGUGCAACUUAGGAGAUGUUGACCCUGUACUGAUGGUAGAUAUUACACUGUACUCAGCAGGGUUGCUUGAAACCCUGGCUGACGCCAGUGUGAAAUCCAAGAGAAAGCCAGGGGAUAUUGCUACACGGGAGACUCAAAGUGACACAGCUACCUCUUCACAAACUCCAGCAAUAUCAAUGCAAACAGAACAUUGUACUCCAACUAAAGUGUUAGUGAAACACCCAGCUGAACAACUUGAUCUUGCAUGUAAAAUGCUUGAGAAAGCUUUGGAUAGCAUUUGCACAGCUCGCUCAGCAACUAUUCCAACAAAAAAAUCCUUGAUUGAUAAUAGCCGUAUAAAGGUAGAGGUGAACAGUUUUCAUUCAAAUAUCCAACCAGAUGAACAGGAAGAAGAAGAUAUUCCACAAGACGAUUCUUAUAAAACAACACCUCUCCAAAGUUUUAUCGUGGAUUUACAUCUGGAACUUAUUCAGGUUUAUUACAGAGUGGCAUUUAAAUUUCUCAAAAUGAGUAACGAGCUACUGAAUUCUGAAAACGCAACCAGCCACGAAACCAUUGGGACUGAUGCAAGCUAUGGCUUUACCAUUUUAAAAGAGGCAGACAUCAUCAAGAAAGUCAAAAAGAACAACAUGUUGAAGGCUAUGUUUCUAAUUCAAAAAGUGAUGUAUCUGUUCAGCAAGGAACAGGACCAGUCCUCCAAAUAUCAACUUCUUGAGAAAGCUGCGACACUGCUACAGAAGGUCGAAACUGAGGAGGAGAUCCUAUAUUCAUUAAGAACAAAACCGACAUUAACUGAUAAUGAAGAACUUGAUGUUGUACCAGCCCCUAUCUUGCUGUCCAGAACGCACAAUUCUGUGAUAUUCAAGCCAGCUCAUUUUCCUUCUUCUAAAGAGGUUUAUUGGUAUCGCAUAUUUGGCCGUACUGCAACAGGAAGCAUUCUGAAAGUGCGUCUCAAGGAUUCUUAUCUUCAGGGUACAGGACAAGAGGUGCCAACAUUUGGUGAGUGUUUACUGGAAGUAAAAGGCCUUGAACCUAAUGAAAAAUACAUCUUUGCAGUUGCUGCUUAUUCAGAAGAUGGAACAAUCAUUGGAAAUGGAAUUGGGAAAACGACAAAGCCAAUCCUAGCAUAUUAUUCUCUUCCUAUCCUUACAGCAUGGACCUACCUUUGUCAGGUUGCAUAUCAGUUAGGGCACUAUCCAGUGUCUAAAGCAGCUUUCUCCAUUUUAUGGAAACACUUUGUUACACAGGGAUGUUUACAACAAAAUAAAUACCUUGUUACUGAUAAAACUGAUUGGUGCAUCUCUCAGAAAAGCUUAAACUAUGUUGCUGUAUCUCUGGCAUCUCCCAUCCUUCUGCGGAGUUUUCUGGCAAGCAUCUUCAUUGAUUCGGAUAUUAGUUGCCAGGAAGAUGCUGUUUACUGUGACUCUCUGUCUGACAAUGGACCUCUCUACAACGGACAACUUAGUAGACUGGCUAAAUGUGAAAGGAUUCUGGUGGCCAUUAAACUUGCCAGUUGGAUCAAUGAUGUCAAUCAAGCACUGCAGGCUGUUGUCCAGUGCUACGGACUUCUUGCACCCCUGAUCUUUCACAGAAUUCCUUCAAUUCCAGUUGUACAGAUUCUCAUAAAAUGUCUGUGUGUCCUGCAACACGUCAUUGGUGUGACCAAGCAAAGGAAACAGGCUGGAGUAACUGAAAGUUUGCAACACAUGACAGCUUGUAUCACAUAUUAUUUAGCAAAGAUAUUACGUUUCUGGAAAGAGUAUAAUCUUGCAUUAGAAGUUGUAGUUAUCGGAAAGAAGAUUCUGCAAUCUGCAUCUCAGGAAAUUUCUACGGAACAAAAGACUGGAGGAGUCGAGGAAGAAGCUGAAUCAAUAAAAAACAAAUGGGAGAGCACCAUUGAAAAACAGAAAUUAGCAAUUGAAAGUUCAAUGCAGGUGAAGGCAAUGGAUAAUAUUACAUCUGAUCUGAAAAAGGAAGGAACAACAGAACCAUUGACUGGAAAUGAAGCAGCGAUUUUUAUGACAAUCUUAUAUGCGCCAGUAAAUACUGCUUACAGUGCAGUCAAGAAAUUUAAAGAUAAAAGUCGAUUCCUGGAAUAUUUUGUAUUGUUGCUGGACAGACUGGUACGGGAGGAGAAUUAUGCAUCUAUUACAAAUUUGGUGAAUGAAGUUGUUGGCAUUUUAGGAAAGCGGAACAAUGUUCUUCUUGGGUCAAGGAAAGCACCCGGAAAAAAAAGUGCAGUCAGACCUUUGAAAAAUGCAGCAGUUGUGCUGGAGUAUCACAAUAAUCCAAGCAAAAAACUGAAGAGAGAUAAAGCAACAAUGAAGGAACUCUUACACAACUUUAUCAACAAUCCAGCUUUAAAGAAUGACCCCAAUGCACAAAGGAAACAAAGAGAAAGAUUGGAAAACAAAGCUAAGGAAGUUUUCCAAACUCUGCUUGGACCAAUUGUACGUGCCUAUCUGCAUCUUAAAAAAUUCAACAAAACUUAUAUUCCCUUUUGGAUCCUGAUAUUUUUACUCUACAUAAUUCUGGUGGUCUACUCUUAG